GUCCACCCCCCCCCCGCUCUCUCUCUCUCUCUCUCUCUCUCUCUCUCUCUCGUCCUUGGAGUCCACCACACGAUUCCGCGGUCCGUCGCGUCUUGGCAUAUCGUAUCCGCCACUCGAGACGUGGGAGCGAGCGAUGGAGCCGAUGGCGCCGCCCACAGCCCGCAGGUUCGGGCAGAUCCCGCCGCCGAACCCGCGCGGCGGUGGCGGCGGUGGCGGCGGCGGAGGCGCGCACCGGCGGUCCCAGUCCGAGACCUUCGUACGCCUCCCUGACGACAUCCUCUUCGACCCCGACCCCGACUUCGACAUCGACUUCCCUUCGCUCUCCGACAACAGCGUCUCCGCUGGCGACGUAGGCGGCUGCGGGACGCUCGUGGCCGAGACGCCCGGGGUGUCGGACCCGGCAACGGCGGGGAGGCCCGUCUCCGGGGCCCAUCUCAGGAGCCUGUCGCUAGACGCCGCGUUCUUCGACGGGUUGGGGUUCCAGGCGGGCGCAGCGGCUGGAGACGGCGGCGGCGGCGGAGGGGCGCAGGAGAGAAGGGGGCACCACCGGCGGAGCGGCUCGAUGGACGGGUCGAUCUCGUCGUUCGAGGGCGAAUCGGGGGCGUCGCUGUCGGAUUACGCGAAGAAGGCCAUGACGGCUGAUAAGCUGGCGGAAUUGUCGCUGCUGGAUCCCAAGAGAGCGAAAAGGAUUCUUGCAAACAGGCAAUCUGCUGCUCGAUCCAAGGAGAGGAAAAUUCGUUACACAAACGAACUCGAGCGGAAGGUGCAAACACUUCAGACUGAGGCAACCACUCUCUCUGCACAGCUCACUCUUCUUCAGAGAGAUACUACAGAUUUGACUGCCGAGAAUAGAGAACUCAAGUUGCGCUUGCAAGCUAUGGAGCAACAAGCUCAACUCAGAGAUGCUCUGAACGAGGCUUUGAGAGAAGAAGUGCAGCGGCUUAAGAUAGCAACCGGACAACUUCCGAAUGCAAAUGGAAAUCCUUUUAAUGGAGGCCUUCGGCAGUCUGUAUCAAACUACUAUCACCCGCAGCAAUCGCCUCCCCCAAGCGGACGCCAAGCUCAUCAUCUGCAUCCAUCUCAGGCACAAAGUUCUUCAAACGGUCAGUCAGUCGGUGUUCAUUCCCCAAAUGAUCCAAUGGACUUCAUGUGAGGGCAAAGUCAAUAACCUGUUAUAGCUUAAAACUACCUACCUUUAGAAGGCUAUUUCUAGAUGGUUUUCGAGUAGGAUAAUUUAGAGUUCAUUUUAUGCAUAAUGUAGCUUAUGGUAGUUUCUUAGGGGAUCGCUGUUCUUUGUAAUAUUUGUAUCUCUAAUAGGGUUUGUCUAAGGUUAAACCGACCGACACCUAUCUACAUGAUGAUGAAUGUGUAAUAUGAGUGUCAUUUCUCCUUUGUUUCUUUUC